CAGCAAAAUGGGUAAUGGCUCGAUGAAGCUGAACCCUCUGAAGCAGGUCAGUGGAUCGGCCAAAUCUAAAAACAAUGGAGAAUCAAGCUCGGUUCCUCAAGUCCUCAGAGUGCGAGUGGAAGAGUUAGAAACGCAGCUGAAGAAGAAGGAUGAAGAACUAAAUGCCAAAGAGCUUCAAAUCAAGCAUCUGGAGGAGCAGCUGGCCCAGCAGAAGCAGACCAUCUCGGAGAUCUCCGACACAUUGAGGAGCAAGUGUCUCCAGCUCAACAAGCUCCAGGACGCUCUGAAGAGUCAAGGGGAGCUGGGCCUCCUACCGUCACCCCUCAAGGAGAAGGUCAGUCAGUGUCUCACAGGCCUGCUCAGAGAAACACUCAACAGGAGAAAAGGAGCAAAAGCUGGAGUUUCUGCAGAGCCUUCAUCCAGAACGUAUGAUUCCAGUGGGAUUCCCAAGUUCUACUUCGAGAGCGCAAGAGUCUGGAAAGAGCAGAGUGUAAAGAAGCUCCUGACAGAUGCUCUGAAUAAGAACCAGUAUCUGAGGAGACUGGAAGUGCAGCAGGUCAAAGACAUGGUGGAAUGCAUGUAUGAGCGGACAUACCAACAGGGAGAAUAUGUCAUCAAACAAGGAGAGCCCGGAAACCACUUGUUUGUACUUGCAGAUGGCAAGCUGGAUGUCUAUCAGCACAACAAACUGCUCACAUCAAUAGCAGUCUGGACCACAUUUGGUGAAUUGGCCAUCUUGUACAAUUGCACCAGGACUGCAUCAGUCAAAGCGGCCAGCAAUGUGAAGACAUGGGCUCUGGAUCGAGAAGUCUUCCACAACAUCAUGCGCAUGACUGCCGAGGCUCGACACGAGCAAUACCGCAACUUCCUGAGGAGUGUUUCACUUCUUGCCAGUCUUCCUGGGGACAAGCUAACAAAGAUUGUGGACUGCUUAGAGGUGGAGUAUUAUAAUAAAGGAGAUUACAUCAUCCGGGAGGGAGAAGAAGGAAACACCUUUUAUAUAAUUGCCAAUGGAAAGAUUAAAGUCACACAGAGCACACAGGAUCAUGAAGAUCCUCAGAUCAUCAACACCUUGGGGAAGGGGGAUUAUUUCGGAGAGAAGGCCCUCAUCAGUGAUGAUGUGAGAUCUGCAAAUAUAAUCGCAGAAGAAGAUGGUGUGGAGUGCCUCGUGAUCGAUCGAGAAACUUUUAGUCAGACUGUUGGAACUUUUGACGAGCUUAAGAAGUAUCUUCAGAGCUAUGUCGAUAGUUUGGCACGAGAUGAUAAGAAAAGAAAUGCUAAGAGGUCAGGAAGCUGCACUCCACCCAAUACACCAGUGUCACACGACAUGAUUGAGCUGAAGGAGAGAGAGAGCACCUUUGCAUCCACUAUACCCUUCACCUGCCUCGAGGCCAUUGCUACUCUGGGAGUCGGAGGCUUUGGCAGAGUUGAACUGGUGAAACUGAAGAAUGAAAAUGUGACAUUUGCUCUGAAAUGCAUCAAGAAACGACACAUUGUGGAUAACAGACAAGAAGAGCACAUUUACUCCGAGAGAAGAAUCCUGCUGGAGACAAACUGUCCUUUCAUUGUGAAAAUGUACCGCACAUACAAAGACAACAAGUAUGUGUACAUGCUGCUGGAGGCCUGUCUGGGUGGAGAGAUCUGGAGUCUUCUGAGAGACAGGGGGAGUUUUGAAGAGUACACUGCAAAGUUCUGCGUGGGCUGUGUAACAGAGGCUUUCGACUAUCUGCAUAAUAACGGCAUCAUAUACAGAGACCUGAAGCCUGAGAAUCUGAUGCUGGACACAGAUGGAUACGUCAAGUUGGUGGAUUUUGGCUUUGCCAAGAAGCUGAAGUGUGGCCAGAGGACAUGGACGUUCUGUGGGACUCCAGAGUAUGUGGCGCCUGAGAUCAUCCUCAAUAAAGGCCACGGGCUCAGUGUCGACUUCUGGUCUUUAGGAAUCCUGAUAUUUGAACUUCUUACUGGAAGCCCGCCCUUUACUGGCUCAGAUCAGAUGAUUAUAUAUACAUUCAUUCUGAAAGGAAUUGAGAAGAUGGACUUCCCGAAAAAGAUCACCAAGAGGCCUGGUGAUCUUAUUCGAAAGCUGUGCAGACAAAACCCUUCAGAGCGACUGGGCAAUCUGAAGAAUGGAAUAACAGACAUUAAAAAGCACAGAUGGUUUACAGGUUUCAGCUGGAGUGGUCUUAAAGCCCGAAAUCUGAUAUCACCCCUUAAAAGAGAGGUUAAGGGACCCACUGACCACAGUUACUUUGACAGUUAUCCUCCUGAAGAAGAAAUCCCUCCAGAUGAAAUGUCAGGCUGGGACACGGACUUCUAACUGACCCCCUCAUGCACUCAUGUGUUCAAACAAAACUCUUGUGCCGUUUGUCAUUUGCUAGCCUUUCUACAGCAGAUCCUCAGCCCACGACGCCAACAGAAGCAGUGCAUGUGCCCCAACAAUGAACUCCUUGACUGGAGGCUGAACAGCAGAGGCGGAGAGACAUAAGAAACAAAUUGUUUCGCUGUCUUCGUGUUCUCAUGCAUUGUGAUGGUAAACAUAUUUGACAGAAGCUGGACCACUGACUUGUCAAAGCAGGAUCAGCCUGUGAGAAUGAUGGGAUCGUGGAGGAUGGUGUGAAACCACUGGUAAUAUUUACCUUUGGACGUGUGGAGAGGUCUGUGGUCUGACAGGAAGGUGAGAUGUUCCUCGUUUUAGAAGCGCUGGUGAUGUCAUGUAUUUGAGCUGCUGAAGGUAAUAACCACCCGUGACUGUGACCGAAUGCCCUGAUGAGCUUUCAAAGGUUACCCUCAGCGGGCGACGGGCGUCUAGAGUCUAAAGGCCUGAUCACACCAAGAACGAUAACUUAUAGUGUUGACGAUAAAGAUAUGGCUUCAAAAGUCACUCCAGAUGUAGAGAUUACAGAGUAAAUGCCACAACUAUAACAAAAUCAGAGGAAUGAUAUGUUUAAAUUCACCUUUAAGGCCCUGGCAUACUUCAAAUGAAAUUCUGAAUAUUCUGAAUAUAUAUUCUGAAAUAAUUUCAAACAAACAUUUCAAAACAGCUCACCAGAGCUAACAUUUGCGUGAGUUUGUAUUGGCUUCUAAACAGCUUUAAGCUUCCAUUGGUCCAAACAGUGGCUCUGUUCUGGAACUCCGCCUUCUUUGACCAGCAAAUGAUUCCUAUCUCAUAUCCAUGGAGGUCAGACAGGAGAACAACAUCCAAAACAAUAACAAGUUAGCAACACGAAUAAACUGAAGGGUUGAUUAGCAGAGCUGUACAAUCACUCGCGGAGAGAUUUUAAAGAGUUGGAAGGCAUCACACACUAGAUGGCACCACCGUGUCACAUUUUGUCUUUUAAAGUUCUAAACACGGUUACAUUUAGAGUCUAUUUGCAGCAAAUAGAAAACAAUGUAAAGACGUGGCAUGCUGCGGUGGCACUUCUUGUCUGAUGUGCAGAAGGCUGUUUGCCAGAUGUUUAUGAAACUGUUCUUCUCUUUGAGCCGCCAUCAUUGUUUACACAUGAGCAGCGCAGCGCGUACCCCGCCUGCUGCAAUGCAUUGUUCGAAAAUUGUACACUUUC